GAGAUUUGAAGAAGGUCAAUCCCGUCGUGUAUUUGACAUUAUAACAUGUGAUGAAGCUUGGUUCUAUCAUUAUGAUCCCGAACUAAAAGAACAAUCAAAAGUUUGGAUGUCGACAACUGAUCCACAUCCAACCAAAGUCCAUCGAAACAAAAGUGCCGGGAAAAGAAUGGUGGCAAUUUUUUUCAUGAAAUUUGGUUUAAUUAAAUCUGUUCCAUUAGAAACAGGUGCUACGGUUAACGCAAACUAG